GGGCUAUCAUGGUAAUUGUACAUGUUAUCUUCUUCCUCCUCCACAUUUGGUUUGUAGUAGGAAACAGUUUAUUCCGUUAACCAGAAAUGAACUCCAUCCCUUCUCCACCUCCAUCUUCUUCUUCCUCUUCAAAUUUCACUCUCUUCACUCACUCCAAAACCCCCAACUAUCUCUUCAAAUUCAGCCUCAAAAUACCCAUUUUACCCUUCCACUCUUCAUCUUCCCAUCUCACUUCACAUCCACCAUGCUGCACUCUCGGAGACUCAACUUCCUUGCUUGACAAAAAUGCCCCUCCCUCCGAACAUAUUUCCCGCAACGACGUUCCACCGAAAGAAAUGCUCGUGGUUCGCCGGCCGGUGAAGGAGUUUUCCGGCGAAGUAUCCGACGAAGAGGAAGAAGUGAAGGAAACGGUGGAAGAUAAAAUUAAAGGUUCUUCAAUUGAUGAUGGACUAACGAAUUUUGCGAAGAAGAUGCCGAUGUUUGAACCGGAGAGAGUCGAAUCGGAUUCCACAGAGAAGCCUCUGACUGUGAAUUUGGAUUUGUCGUUAUAUAAGGCGAAGGUUUUAGGUAGAAGCUUUCGUUAUGAAGAAGCAGAGGCAAUACUUCAGAAGUGUAUAUGCUAUUGGCCGGAAGAUGGUCGACCUUAUGUAGCACUUGGGAAAUAUUUGAGCAAGCAAUCUAAAAAUAGCCAAGCCAGAGAGAUUUAUGAGAAGGGUUGCCAAGCUACUCAGGGUGAAAAUGCCUUCAUUUGGCAGUGUUGGGCUGUUCUUGAAAAGAAAAUGGGAAAUAUCAGGAGAGCUAGAGAGCUUUUUGACGCUGCAACGGUUGCUGAUAAGAAGCAUGUUGCUGCUUGGCAUGGUUGGGCAGUUCUAGAGUUAAAGCAAGGAAAUAUAACGAAGGCAAGGAAUCUUCUUUCAAAAGGUCUUCAAUAUUGUGGACAGAAUGAGUACAUAUACCAAACACUUGCAUUGCUUGAAGCUAAAGCAAAUCGAUAUCAGCAGGCUCAAUAUUUAUUCAAUCAGGCCACAAAGUGCAAUCCUAAAAGCUGUGCUAGUUGGCUUGCUUGGGCUCAAAUGGAGGUUGAACAGGAAAACUAUCGUACUGCUAGGAAAUUGUUUGAGAAUGCAGUGAAGGCAAGUCCUAAAAAUAGGUUUACUUGGCAUGUAUGGGGUGUUUUUGAAGCUAACAUGGGAAACAUUGACAAGGGAAAAAAGCUUCUAAAGAUAGGUCAUGCUCUAAAUCCAAGGGAUGCCGUUCUUCUUCAGUCUCUUGCAUUAAUAGAAUACAAACACUCAAGUGCAAACCGUGCUCGGGUUUUGUUCAAGGGAGCAUCUCAAUUGGAUCCAAAGCAUCAACCUGUUUGGUUUGCUUGGGGUUGGAUGGAAUGGAAGGAAGGAAACUUGAAUACAGCUAGAGAAUUAUACCAAAAGGCUUUAUCAAUUGAUCCAAACAGUGAAAGUGCUGCUAGGUGUCUCCAGGCAUGGGGUGUUCUGGAGCAGAGGGUUGGCAAUCUUUCAGCUGCACGUAGAUUGUUUAGAUCCUCAUUGAAUAUAAAUUCUCAGAGUUAUGUGACAUGGAUGACUUGGGCAUCACUAGAAGAAGAUCAAGGAAAUCCUGUACGCGCUGAAGAGAUUCGUAACCUUUAUUUCCAGCAGCGCACGGAAGUUGUAGAUGAUGCUUCCUGGGUUAUGGGAUUCUUAGAUAUUUUAGACCCUGCCAUUGACAGUUUGAAGAGACUCUUGAAGAUGGACCCAAAUUCAUUUAACAUGGCACCAGAGUCCGUGAGAAAUAUUACCGGAACAAAGAAAAACCCAGUUGAUUUUUCUAGUGACGAUGAUGAUAAUGAUGUGGAAGAUGAUAGUAAGUUUGAUUUGGAUGCUUUCAUUAUGGAAAGGUUAUCCUUCGAUGUGUCGAAGCUUGAAGUUCAAUUGGAAACACCAAAAAAAACUUUUACAAACAAAAUUUUGUCUCCAAGAAGGGUAUGGCGAUCAAAUAAUAGAUUUGCCAAAGUGUAAGUUCAGAAUACAGGUAAUAGUUUAUGGUCGAGCCUUACGUAGUACAUAUCGGUGUCUUGUCAAAUUAACUUUGAAUAGUUCAGUUGGGAUAUUGGGACUUAUUUCCUUUGUUUAGACUGUUUUGCAGUCUUAGACCUAUAAAAAUAAUCACGUAGUACAUAAAGGAUAUCUUGCCUUGUGUUGAAAAUGGACAAGAAAUAAUUUAGCAUAUGUUUGGUUAGGCGUUGGCUAAAGAA